AUGAGCAUCUGCCUGGAGGGCCUGAAGGAAGCCCAUGGAAGGCCAUGGCCAAAGGAGCUCAUCGCCCUGGGGCCGGAAGAAUCUGCCCAGCAGAUGGUCCUGCGGAGGAUCCAGGAACUUUCUGAUUCGGACCAGCAAGACCCCUUCAUGCUGGCUGACCUGGACAUGCUGGCCAGCCGCCAUCAGGCCUUCUGCCAAGCCCUGCCACAGGUCUCACCCUUCUAUGCAGUGAAGUGCAACAGUAGCCCUUGGGUGCUGCGUGUCCUGGCCGCCCUGGGCACCGGCUUUGACUGCGCCAGCCAGGUGGAACUGGAGCAGGUGCUGGGCCUGGGUGUGGCCUCCUCGUGCAUCAUCUAUGCCAAUCCCUGCAAGCCUGCCUCCCACAUCCGGUAUGCUGCCCGGCACGGGGUGCAACUCCUGACCUUUGACAGCGAGGAGGAGCUCACCAAGGUGGCCCAGCACUACCCUGGGGCCAGACUGCUCCUCCGGCUGAGGACCCAGGACAGCCAGAGCACCUUCCCUCUGAGUACCAAGUUCGGGGCCAGCCUGGAGGCAUGUGGGCACCUGCUAACAUCUGCCAGAGACCUGGGGUUGGCCGUGGUCGGAGCCAGCUUCCACGUGGGCUCCAACUGCCAGACACCCCAGAGCUUCACACAGGCCAUCGCUGACUGCCGGUGCGUGUUUGAAAUGGGCCGUGGGGCUGGGCAUGAUAUGAGCUGCCUGGACAUUGGAGGGGGCUUCCCCGGAACGGAGGACUCUGGGCCCAAGUUUGAGGAGAUGGCGAGAGUGAUCAGUGCUGCCCUGGCCCAAGACUUCCCUGAGGAGCGUGGUGUCAAGGUCAUAGCAGAGCCGGGCCGCUUCUAUAUGGAGUCUGUCUGCAUGGCCGCUGUCAACAUCAUUGCCAAGAAGGCUGUGCUGGAGCCCAGAGGCAGCCGGAAGCUGACGUAUUAUCUCAACGAUGGCCACUAUGGCUCCUUCCGCCUUGGCCACCGAGAGCCUGUCCCAAGGGUUCCCAUCAUGGUGAAGGAGUUCUGCUCAGAGCCACCCCUCUUCCCCUGCACACUCUAUGGUCCCACAUGCGAUGCCUCUGACAGGCUCUUCUUGGAGGAUGUGCGGCUGCCCCAGCUUGAUGUAGGCAAUUGGCUGGUCUUCCCCUCCAUGGGCGCCUACACAUCCUCCAUGAGCUGCAGCUUCAAUGGCUUCCUGCCUGCCACCAUCUGCUACACCAUGGGCCCCCAGCUCAGGAGUCUUCUGGAGGCAGAGCCUUAA